GCGGGGGAGCAGCCGCAGAGGGCGGGGGAACAGCCGCAGAGGGCGGGGUAACAGCCGCAGAGGGCGGGGUAACAGCCGCAGAGGGCGGGGGAGCAGCCGCAGAGGGCGGGGGAACAGCCGCAGAGGGCGGAGGAACAGCCGCAGAGGGCGGGGUAACAGCCGCAGAGGGCGGGGUAACCCCGCAAGAAGGUGGAGGAGCCACCGCAGAGGGCGGGGGAACAGCCGCAGAGGGCGGGGGAGCAGCCGCAGAGGGCGGAGGAACAGCCGCAGAGGGCGGGGUAACAGCCGCAGAGGGCGGGGUAACAGCCGCAGAGGGCGGGGGAGCAGCCGCAGAGGGCGGAGGAACAGCCGCAGAGGGCGGGGUAACAGCCGCAGAGGGCGGGGUAACAGCCGCAGAGGGCGGGGUAACAGCCGCAGAGGGCGGGGUAACAGCCGCAGAGGGCGGGGUAACAGCCGCAGAGGGCGGAGGAACAGCCGCAGAGGGCGGGGUAACAGCCGCAGAGGGCGGGGUAACAGCCGCAGAGGGCGGAGGAACAGCCGCAGAGGGCGGGGGAACAGCCGCAGAGGGCGGGGUAACAGCCGCAGAGGGCGGGGUAACAGCCGCAGAGGGCGGGGGAACAGCCGCAGAGGGCGGGGGAACAGCCGCAGAGGCCUCCGAGCCAGUGAGCCAGGGAGCUCCUGCACAGCUGGAGACUGAACCAAGCAGGGAUGGACUACCACCAGGACCAGGACCAGGACCCAUACUAGCCAUGCCAAAGAUGACUCAGGCCAUGGUCAACGCCCUGCUGGAGGAGUGCAGGAUCAAGACGGCUAAAAGCAGAGCUGCUGCCUCCAGGAGAGAGACGGAGGACGUCCCCACGGAGACGGAGACGGCCGCAGACACGGCGGCCGAGACGGAGGAGGGGACGGAGGAGGGGGCGGAGCCGCUGAAGAGGCAGGAGAGGGAGGGCAAAGGAAAGGAGGCGAUGAGGAAGAAGCAAAAGGAGAGAGAGCGAGAGAAGCGCGAGAAGGAGAGGAGGCUCUGGGAGAAGGAGGAGAGAGCCAGGAGAGAGAAGGCCAGGAGAGAGCGAGAGAGGGAGAGAGAGAGGAGGGAGAAGGACAGAAGGGACCGGGUGAGGGCUCAUGGGGACAGCCCGUCCAGGUCCAGGCAGACCUCCUGGAGGGACCAGCGCUCCCGAGUGAUGGAGGAGGAGGAGGAGGAGGAGGAGGAGUUCCCCUUCAACAUGAGCGACUUUGUGACCGUCGAUGAAGUUGGAGAGGUGGCCGACCUGCCUUCUCCCGCUGUUCCCAUGGAAACGUCUGAGGCCAGAGAGGACGCCCACACACACCCUGAGGAGUCCUCCACUCCGACAGACGCCGGCCCAGCUCAGGCUUCAGAGACUCUGCUCUCACGUCCUGCAGCCGGCGCCUCAGAGCUCCAGCCCUCAGCCUGUCAGCCCCAAGCUGCUGAAACAGCAGGAGGUCCUGAAGAAGGACCAGCAAUAGCAGGUCCAGGACAUCCUGAAGCAUCGGAAGCCCCAGAGGCCGAGCCAGCUCCAGCCGAGGAGGAGGAGGGACAGGCGGAGGAACCCUCUGAAGACCGCCGAGACAUGAGAGCUGGAGCUGCAGCAGAAAAGGAAACACACAGACCUGAGGACACCGUGAAGACCGGCCUCCCCCUUCCUCCUUUCGACCCCAGCAGCCCCGUCGGUCUGGAGUUCCUCAUCCCCAAGACGGGCUUCUUCUGCAAGGUGUGCCGCCGGUUCUUCAGCGGAGCUCGAGAGGCCGAGCUGAACCACUGUAGGACCAUCAAGCACUACGAGAACCUGCAGAAAUACUUGCUGACUACGAGCGUGGACAGCGUGACGCCCAAGACGGACUCCAGCUGAAUGUGGACCGCUUCAGAAGGGGUCUCGUCAUCUCGAUUAGGGUCCAGAUAUUCAGUUUUUCACUCAUUUUCUGUUCUCUGUGUUAAAGUGUUGCGUUUGAUUUGUGUGUCCUGUUGUGAGACAACAGUUGUGAUGGAGCAGUGCACAACCCUGAAAAUGUUCUUUCAUCUUCAUUUCUAAUAAAUAUGAAUCGUGCGC